UUCCGUCCCUUACGUCACCUUCCCUCCCUCAAUUCCCUGCUUCUAGUUUGUGCUUUUUUCUUUUUUUUGAGUUUAAUCUUCCGGGGCUCCCGCGUGUAGCGCGGAGACGGAGAGAUGGAGGAGCAAAAAGAAAACGUGCCGCAGCAGGAGCGGCCCGCAGAAGACGAGGAAGAAAAAGCCGAAGGUCGCGGCGCGCUGCCUUUUAACCAGAGUAAGCAGCGCUGUAGAUUUGAUUACCAAGAUGACAGCAAAAACAAAUCAAUGUGCAGUUCAAGUGACUUCAGUGACCCAGUUUACAAAGAGAUUUCUCUGACAAACGGCCAUAUUAAUAGAAUGAGCAGAGAUGAGCUAAGAGCAAAACUUGCUGAAUUCAAGCUUGACACUAGAGGAGUGAAAGAUGUAUUGAAAAAGAGGCUGAAAAACCACUAUAAGAAGGAAAAGUUAAUGCACAAACAGCCUGCAAGUGCAGAUAAUUACUAUGAUUACAUCUGUGUUAUUGACUUUGAAGCAACUUGUGAAGAAGGAAAUCAGCCUGAAUUUCCACAUGAAAUCAUUGAAUUUCCUAUUGUCUUAUUAAAUACUAGGACAUUAGAAAUAGAGGACACAUUUCAACAAUAUGUGAAACCAGAGAUAAAUCCUCAGCUUUCAGAUUUCUGCAUUAAUCUGACAGGCAUCUCCCAGGAUCUUGUAGACAAAGCAGUUGAAUUUCCAAAUGUUCUGCAAAAUGCUGUCGAUUGGAUGAAACAGAAGGAAUUAGGAAGUAGAUAUAGCUAUUCCAUAUUAACUGAUGGGUCCUGGGAUAUGAGUAAGUUUUUAAAUAUCCAGUGUCGUAUUAGCCGUCUGAAAUACCCUUCUUUUGCUAAGAAGUGGAUCAAUAUUCGCAAAUCCUAUGGAAACUUCUACAAGGUGCCCAGAAGCCAAACUAAACUAUCAACUAUGCUUGAAAAGCUUGGAAUGGAUUACGAUGGACGACCUCACAGUGGGCUUGAUGACUCUAAGAAUAUUGCACGGAUAGCAAUUCGCAUGCUUCAGGAUGGAUGUGAGCUCCGGGUGAAUGAGAAAUUACAUGGUGGGCUGCUGCUGACGGUCUCUUCCUCUGCACCACUAGAAGGAGCUCCCGCACCACAAAUGCCAAGCUGUCAAAGGGAGCAGUGAAGUGCUGUGGGAAACAUACCGACAAGGCAAGCCUGCACAUAAGCACACUUACGCACCAUUGCCAGGGGUCAAUUGCCUAGGUGUCAAAAUGCUGUUUAGGGGAAAAAACAGGAAAAGAAGGUACAACCUAAAAGGAGUGAGGGGCAGGGGGAGACCUGCAUCUGCCCCUUGUCAAUGGGAUCCUCUCAUUGAUCUGAGAGUUCUUAAUCGCCACCUUUUCAAUAUUUCCUGCGCCUCUGUCUACUCCAGAAAAGGAAGAUAUUAACUCCCCAUUCCCCUUCUUUCAGAGUGCUUACAUCUGCAGUUGUGUAGUUCUUCCACUAUGAAUUCACAGGUAUUCUACACCAGUAGUUGCUGAUCCUUUCCUUUCAGGGAACACAUACACCACCGCUUACUGCAGAAUUUCCAAGUGCUGUCAUAGGAUUCUGAGGUACUCACAGGAUGAGGUAGUAGUUAGAGGGGCGUAGUGGUUAGAGUGUUGGACUGGCCCAAGAGGAUUGGAUGCAAAUCCUGACUUAGUCAUGAGACCCAUACAGUUAAAUGAAGUAAUUCUAUGAAUGACACGUCUCAGCAUGUAAUCUGAAAUCCAUCCUGAAUUCCCUAAGAUGAAGAUGGGUACUGCUGGGCAAUCAUAUUUAUUCAUUACACUGUAUCAGGGAAACUGGUCUGCCACUGCUGAAAGCAUUCCUUUAUGCAGCACAUGGAAUUCACUGCCACAAAAUGCAGUCAUAGCCACUAGCUAAUGGCUUUUAAAGGGGGUGACAGGGAUUGGUGAUAGAGGAUAUAUUUAUCAACAGGUAUUAGCCAUGCAUUUCAAGUGGGGAUCUACCAGCAAGCCUUCCAGGAUUCUCCAUUCCAUUCUCUCACCCUUGUUUUCUGUCCUUCCCCUCCUGCAGAUGGUCUGCAUCCCAUACCCAAUGAACAUGAUCAGUCCUCAGUUUUGGGGGGUUUUUUUCCUCCCUAGAAUUUAUUCCCAAAAUAUUUUUUGUUACCUCUCAUUUAUUUGUGGAUGGAUGGAUGAGGAUUCACAUGCAGAUAAUGUAUUGUUAAUAUAUAGUCCUGAUGGUGGACUUUCAGAUGUAUCUGAUUAGAAGCAAAAGCUGAAGGAAGCAAAAGCUAAAGCAGACUGACUUUCAGUUUGAUCAGACUGGGCUUCUCUUAUGUUCUGGCAUUGUCCUCAUGUUGCAGCACCACAGAUCUCCUCCUCUAUAGUGCAUUCUUAAAUGGACGGUACUUUUUUAAAAAGCUUGAAACAUGGUAGCACACAUGGUUACAGAAAAAUGCUGUCAACUGAAAAGAUAUCCUCAAAUUCUCGUGCAGAGGGUGAGCACAAGGUUAUCAAACAUCUGUAAACAAAACAAGAUUGCCAGGGAUCACCUGCCUGCUGAAUGUAUUAUGGGAUGAAGGCUAAAAAAAGAACAGCUGCCCCAGGGUAGCCUUGAUUCAGUUCAUUGCAAAAUCCUUAUCUAGGGGGAGGAUCCAGACAAAGUUAAGUAUAUUUAAGGCCUUUCAAUUUCAGUGAAAGAGCUUUAAGCAGGUGUCUCAAUCUCCCAUUGAAACCAAUGGAAUGUAAAGUUGCUUAACUUUGGCUGGACUGUGCACUGAAUUUCCAAAAAAUUCUGUGAACAGUCACAUUGGAAGCAUUACCGAUGUGACAGUCUGAAUACAGAACCCCAUCCGUGUAGCAGUGCUCAUGUGCAGCAUGUGGCUGGAUGCACUGGUAACAUCAGUUGCUACACUUACUAGUUGAUCACAGCUAUAGCAAACCAAGGCCAUUAUGUCAAUCUGUUUUCUAAUGCAUCCUCCUUCAGUAGAUUUUUGAGAUAUUUCCACCAACUCCUUUAAAGCCCACAAGUGUGGUUGCUGUUAGGCUCAUUUUGUCUUUUACCUGAUUUAUUUACUUUACCAUUCCUGUAACAAAGUCCCAGCUAGAUUACUCAAUAGCCAGUGCAGGCAAACAAGUCCAGUGAAUACUGUGUCCUGACCUCUAUUACAAAAUUAAAAGUCUCAUUAACAACUGCUAAUACAGAGAACUGUGUAAUUUUAAUGAUUAAAAACCAAGGGCAUGAUUUAGUCAAAGUUGAGCUCUUUUCAAUAUAACUAAUUUCAAUGGAAUUAAGUUUAAUUCCCACCCCAUGAACUUGCAAAAUGCUUAACUUUGCAAAGACUAUGGCACAAGUUGGCUGUGAUUAAUUCAGGGAAGAGAGCCUGAAAUCACUGUAGGAAAACAAGAGAAUUUAAUUUCCUUUUCAGUUCUAGACAUUAGGGAAAUGGCAGAAAAUAAAACAGC